GUGUGCAGAAGACUGAAUCCCUCAUCAGUUCAGUUCUCAACGCCGCAGGUCGGAGACAAGUCCAGUUAUUUGCUCUGGCCUGUCUUUCUCCUGUCACUACUUGUCUUAAUUUUUCAUUCUUCUGUAUUAGUUUUUGUUCCUCCCCCCACCCCACCCCUCAGUUAAUUAUGUAUGAACAAGAAUAGCCCAAACCCAAAUUAUAUCUGCCCUAAUAACAACAAUUUUUUGCAAUAUCAAAGAUUUAUAACUGAUAUUGUUGAAUCUUGAAACUCUGAUCUUAUAAGAAUUUCAAUCAUGGGAGAGGACAAGAAAAUAUUGUUCGGGAAAUAUGAACUGGGCAGGCUACUAGGCAUAGGCACCUUCGCCAAAGUGUACCAGGGCAAACAUCUCGCCACCAACGAGUGCGUGGCGAUUAAGGUGAUCAAGAAAGACGAGGUCAUCAAGAAUGAAAGAAUGAUGGAGCAGAUCCUACGUGAAAUCUCUGUCAUGCGCCUCGUCCGCCAUCCCAACAUUGUCGAGCUCAAAGAAGUCAUGGCCACCAAGUCCAAGAUCUUCUUCGUCAUGGAGUACGUUCGCGGCGGUGAGCUCUUCGCCAAAGUGGAGCGCGGCCGCCUCAAGGAGGAUGCCGCCCGGAAGUACUUCCAGCAGCUCAUCAGCGCUGUGGACUUCUGCCACAGCCGCGGCGUUUUUCACCGUGAUCUCAAGCCGGAAAAUCUUCUCCUCGAUGAGAAUGAGGACUUGAAAAUCUCGGAUUUUGGGUUGUCCGCUUUGCACGAGCAUCCUAGCAACGGCGAGCUCCUCCACACGCAGUGCGGGACGCCGGCGUACGUCGCGCCCGAGGUUUUGCAAACGAAGGGGUACAACGGAGCGAAGGCGGAUAUCUGGUCGUGCGGCGUCAUUCUGUACGUGCUGCUUGCCGGGUUUCUUCCGUUUCAGGAUGAAAACCUCGGGGUUAUGUACAGGAAAAUUUACAAGGCGGAGUUUGAGUUUCCGCCGUGGUUCUCCACCGAAACGAAGCGUCUGGUUUCCAAGUUACUGGUGGCGGAUCCGGCUAAACGCCUCUCUAUCCCGGGUAUAAUGCGCGUCUCAUGGUUCAGAAAGGGGUUUAAAAGACCUAACGCCUUCUCCAUGCAAGAAUCCAUUUUCGAGAAAUUUGACCAGGAGGAGAAAUUCAUGCACGAAACGAUCAAGAAAUCUCCGUCUUCUCCCGCCUUCUUGAAUGCUUUCGAGUUCAUUUCUUCCAUGUCGACGGGGUUCGACCUGUCGAACAUGUUCGAGGAUGGGAGAAAGGCGGGGUCGUCGAAGUUCACAUCGAGGUGUUCGGCGAAGGUGAUCAUGGGAAAGAUCGAAGUGCUGGGAAAGAGGUUCGGGUUCAAGGUUGCUAGAAUGAAGGAUUUCAAAUUGAGGUUAGUGGGUCCGACGGAGGGGCGGAAGGGACGGUUGUCGGUGACGGCGGAGGUGUUCAAGGUGGCGCCGGAGGUAACGGUGGUGGAAUUGUCGAAAUUUUCAGGUGAUACGUUGGAGUAUAUUAAGUUUCGGGAAGAGGAUCUCAGGCCAGCCUUGAAAGACAUCGUUUGGACAUGGCAAGGUGAGAACAAUGGUUUCGAUGAUCCAGUAGGGCUUCAAGAAUGCUCUAAGCAAUAGCUAUUAUUUUCCUUUAUUAUUAUUAUUUUGAAUAUUUUUGUUCAACCUAAGAUUUUACUUAGUCACUAUGCAUACCCUAAUUGACUAGGAUUAUACAUGUUUUAAUUAGUUGUCUACUUUUAUUUGUUGUGUUUGGUUUU